UUACUCUUAAAUUUGUGUUUGAAAAUUGGUUUUAUGUAUGUGGACCUUACGACAAAGAAAGAAAAAACGUAAUAAUAAGUGAGACAAAACCUAAAUCUCUUUCUUAUCUAAACCCCUCACUCUAUUUCAUGUUGUCUUGAGAUUGACAAACCGUAUAAGAAGACAGAAUCUAACCUACAUUUUUGAAAACACAACAGCAUCCUAUCUACUGUUCCAGCUCGUUAGUAUCUCCUUGGCAAAUCAACACCUAUAGUUCAAGAAUCAUUGAAACAAGACCCUAAAAAUUUAAAGUAGUUCCUGAUUUUAGCUUUACUGUCUUUGUUUGUUUCUCAGUUUAGGCAAAGCUAUGGCUUCAAAGCUCCAUGUCUCACUUUCAGCAGCACAAGGGUCCUCUUCUACAGGUUCUUGUUCUAUCCGAGCUCCUCUUACUCCUGAUGAUGAUGAUGGUGAUGGUAGUAGUGGUGAUAAUGCUUCAGAAUUUGAGUCUAAUAGUCAUGAGAAAUCUGAUUGUAGUGAUACUUAUAGUAGUAUUUAUAAUGAGUUUGAGUCUGAAGAGUAUUUUAGCGGUGAGGAGUUUGAAAGUGCAUCAGAGAAGGUUUUUGUAGCUGGCCCAGAUGAGGAAAAUCGAGAACUAAGUAGCUUUUUUGAUAAAGUUCGAACUUUUAGGCCUUUUGUGAAUAACCCAUAUGAAGAAAGUUUGGGGAGUUCCGUUUUUGAUGAUGAAGAGAGUGGUAUAACUGAUGAGGAUGGUUCUGUUGUUGAUUCUGGGAGUCCGAAUGUGGCGAGAGUUAGGCCUAUUGCCCAGUUGUCGAUGGAAUGUGAUGAAUUCGAUGAGUUGUUGUGUGAUGAGAGAGCUGUGGAUGAUAGGUUUUCGAAUAUUAUUAAGGUGCCUACUCAUGGUUUUCAUGAUAGAACUGAUAGUGCACCUAGAGUGGAAGUGUCUGUUGUUGAAGAAGGUGAAAUGGUCGAGUCAUUAGUGCAAGGAGAUUCGUCAGUUGCGAAUGAGUCUCAGUUGUUAGCGGUAAGAGUUAAUGGUGAUUUGCUGGAUAAACUAGCUAAUGUUAAUACGUGUGUUUUGAGUAGUGAAGAUGGUGAGUUGUUAAUAAAGGGUUCUAAUGGCUCUGUUUCAGUAGAACUGAUUAAAGAUGACUGCCGUGUUAUUUCAUUGGAAGCUCAGGUUGGGCCUUUAUUGGAGAAUAAGGAAGUCGUUUUCGAAGAAAAUUUAAAGUUGAACAAAGAUGCUAAGCAUGUUACAGAGGAUUCUGCUUCAGUUGAGUUGGUUGAGGAUCAUGGAUGUGUUGUUGUAUCUGAUGGUCAUGUGAAAUCUUUGGUAGAUAUCAGUUUCUUGGAGAGGAACUUUAACGAUUAUGCCAAGCAUUUUGUUGAAGAAAGUUUGCCUUUUGAGAAUUUGCAGCAGGGAAAGAUUGAAUUGGAUAAUGGAGAUGGGCGCAGUGUGAAGAACAUAGGGCCUGGUUUUGUGAAUCAUCUAUUAGAGCUAUGUGGUGCUAGCAUGAAAAUGCAACAGAGUGGAGAAACGGUUAGUGGUUGUGAUGUUACCCAUGAAAGUGUGUUGCGCGAGGAUGAUGACAUUUUGUUAGAGCUGGAAGAGAUAAAGGCUGAUGGCAUCAACCUGCUCAAGAAGCAGAUAGCUCAAAUAGUUGAUAGUUCUAACAACCAGAAAAUGAUGCUAGAGUCUGAAGAACUAAAAUUGAAAGCUUUGGGGUUGGAGACAGAGAAAGAUGUAAAUCUCAAGAAGAAUGAUCAGAAAAGUGCCAUUAGUGGAAGUGUUUCUCUUGAGAAUAAAACUGGCCAAGAAAUUGGUACAAUAUGUGAACUUUUUGCAUCUGAAGAUGGCAACCGGCCAGUAUCCUUUGACAGUUCUAUCAAGAAGAAUGAAAUUCAGUCUCUGGAUAUAUUGAGCGAUGACGAUAUGCCUGAAAUGUGCGACAGUGAGAGAUUGCAAUCAGAGAGAGAAUCUAAUUCCCUUGGAAUCAGAGAUUAUUUAGAUAUAGAUGCAGAAAAAAUAGUAGUGCGAAAAAGUUUGUUUUCUGAUGAGACUAUUGAAGAUUUGCUAUUUGGAGACAAUAAUCAUACAUCCUCCACUUCUCACCGGAUGGUUGAUGAUUUCGAUGAUGAUGCACAGAGAAUCAAUGAGCUAAUUGUUCCUCCCUCACAUGAAGAAUCGGAGACCAAUAAGAAGCAUGAUGAAAAGAUUUUGGAUGGUUCAGUUUCCUCACUUGACACUACAAGACAUGCGUCGCAAUCAGAUAUGGUCAAGAAUGUUAUGAAUGGGAAUGUAAGCGAAGAAGAAAGGAAGGAAAUUGAAAAGAUACAACACAUUAGGGUGAAGUUCUUGAGACUUGUCCGCCGACUAGGACUUACUCCAGAAGAUCCUAUAGCUGCUCAAGUGUUACAUCGGUUGGUUCUUGCUGCAGGAGAACACGUUAGACAAGUGUUUAGCAAUGAGUCUGCUGAGAAAAUGGCGGUGCAACUUGAAGAAGUAGAGGGCAAAGAUGAUUUAGACUUUUGCUUGAACAUUUUAGUUAUCGGGAAAAGCGGGGUUGGAAAAAGCGCAACAAUUAAUUCUCUUUUUGGAGAGAAGAAAAUUCGAAUUAAUGCAUUCGAGUCUUGUACAAAUAAAAUUCAGGAGGUUAUUGGGAAAAUUGAUGGAAUUAAGAUAAGAAUUCUCGACACACCAGGUCUCGGAACAUCUCCGAAGCAAGAAGCUACCAACAGGAAAAUUUUAGCAUCAAUUAAGAAAUUGAUGAAGAAGUUUCCUCCUGAUGUCGUCCUCUACGUUGAUCGUUUAGACACGUAUAGAGAAGCCGCAAGUGAUUAUCCAUUGUUAGCCUCAAUCACUAAUACUCUGACUGCAUCACUAUGGCGAAACGCCAUUGUUACUCUGACUCAUGCUGCUGCUUCACCCCCUGAAGAAGCAUCAUCUGGUUGUUCACCCUUAAGUUUUGAGGAGUUUGUUGCUAAACGGUCUCAUAUUGUUCAGCAAGCUAUCGGACUCUCAGUUGGGGAUACGCGACUAAUGAAACUGACUAUGAUGAAUCCCGUGUCUCUUGUUGAGAAUCACCGGUCGUGUUUGGCGAACGAAACAGGAGAACAUGUCCUUCCGAAUGGACAAAACUGGAGAUCCCAAUUAUUACUAUUAUGUUACUCACUCAAGAUAUUAUCAGAAGCGGGUUUUAAGAGCAAGCCUCGAGAUCAUUUUUAUCGACAACCUCUCGAUCAUCCAUUGUUGGCUUUAUCCGAUUCCGAUGAACAUGAUUACAACCAGGUACAGCGUAGAGGCAGAUUCCGUGUAACGACAGAUUUACAGGCUCAGUUCUCCGUUGCUCGGAAUUUGAAAAUGUGUAUUCAAAUUGGAAUGAACAAUAAGCAGAAUGAGCAGGUUAUGAUCAAGACUAGUAGCUCGGAACUACAAGUUGCUCUUAUAGUAAUAUCGAUUUUAAGGAGUCUCUGUUACGUUUCUUCUGACUCAAGAAACUCGAACCUGUGAGAUUACUAGUGAAUGUUUUUAGUUGCAGUUCAAAUUUGUAGGGUUAAUGAUUUAGAAAAGGAUAGUUAUGGUAGUUAAAUACUUCAAGAGUUUACAGACAUAACUCUGUUUCAUCUGUAAGACAUGAAAUUUAGUUUUGUAGUUUAUGGAGAUGCUAAAAUAUCAAAGUGGUACCUGCAUUUUCUUA